AUGCGCAAACGGGUGAAUGGAUAUCCCAGUGUGAAAAGACGAUGCGACAUGGUCAGUGCAGCUUCGAAGAGUCACGUUCGAUCAGGGUCAGCGCCGCUUCUCAAGGCCGCGCAGACAGGCAGAGCCAGGGCUGCAGCUUCUGCAGAAUGGCUCGGUCAAGCUCAGGGUCUCGAGAUCGACGGCGAGCUAGACGGAGUAAAUCUCGGGGCAGAGAUAAACGGAAAAGCCGGUCACGUUCGUCAGCGGCUCAGCACGUCCUUGCCACAGGGCCGUUGCCUCACGGCGCCGGCGGAGAGGGGCGGCCUCUCGGUUGAGUCCGAAUCUGCUCCAAAGAGGAAACAGGAGAAGAAAGAGAAGGCGAAGGAGAAGGCGCCGCCACCGCCGCGACGGACACCCACACCGUCACCAGCCAGGUCAGAGUCGCAGAAGAACCUCUCGGACUACGAGGGGGAACUCUCCAGGUCGCCGUCGAGACCAAAAAAGCGAAGGGCCGCACCGUCUGGGUCCCCGGAGCGGGUGCCGCCAACGCAGUUCGAAGACUACGAGCCAGCCGGCGAUGGCAGUGGCUGGUACGUCUACAAGAAGACGGCAAAGUGGAAGUUUCACCCGGAAACGGGUCUCUAUUUCCACUUGAAGACGCAGGUGUACUACACACCAAAGGAAAGUGAUAAUCGCUUCUUCAGACGGAUCGACGACGACGACGAUCCCCUGGUAAAGAAGAUGAAGCAGUCUGAAGAGAUGCGAAGAGCCAUCUCAAAGACAGAAUUUGUGAAGUUUGAGGUGGAGGGCGCUCAGGGUGAGGAUGGUCCUGCCCGCGCCGAAGAUCCAGCGCCUGCGCCGAAGGCGCCGGAAAAGGAGGAGGAUACGCGGAUGGACGGCCGGGUCAACAAGUGGGACUCGGAGAAGGGCUUCGGCUUCAUCAUGCCCGCCGGGAAGGAGGAGGGCGGAGAAGUCGGUAAAGGCCUUUUCGUCCACCGAAAGUUCAUCGUGGGCAGCACUCCGACGAACCCAAUAAAUCUAAAGGAGGGUGUGAAGGUCAGCUUCAAGCAAGGCACGCAGGACGGCAAGCCCUGCGCGCUCGAGGUGUUGAUGUUAGGU